GGCAAGAUGCCUACUAUUCCAAUGGCUCCACGCGCGAGUUUUCGCGAGGUUCUAUUGGCAGCCAAGUGGCUGCGGCUGCUGCAGCUAAACCUGUGGUCACUGCCUCAGCCUCCUGCCUCCAGCACAAUAUCCGUGUGUCGAGGUUGGGCAUCAACUCUACCUCGCCAUCAUCUCCACUGUCGCGAUUUCAUUAAUUUUUCACGCUUGUCUAAUAAUCUGGCUAAGGCCCUCUACCGAACGUUGAGCCACAGCAAGUCACUCCGACCACUUUUCAAGCAAAUUCGGAUAUCACUCCUAGCUGUACCACAGAGCCAUAUGCUCCAUCUUCCAUCCCUCGCGUCACCCCUCUUGCCGAGCCAGUCCCAGGGCUGAAAGAGCACCAAGCCAUAGAGCUUAGUCUGUCAACUACGAUGAAUGCAACGGCGUCACACCCGCGCGAUAUUGCCAAUAAUCAUUUCGGUAAUAAUGUCAGAAUCCACCAAGGCGACGUAUACCACUACUCGCCCGAUCAGAUAGAUCGCUGCCUAGCGGAUUUGCGACCGACCGAUCCCCGCCUUGAUAAAACCCGCAUCCAGCAAACAAAGGGCGGCUUGCUCAAAAGUUCAUACUACUGGAUUUUUAAAAACGAAAAUUUCAAGCAGUGGCGCGAUAAUAAACAACAUCAAUUGCUCUGGAUUAAGGGCGAUCCCGGAAAGGGCAAAACUAUGUUGCUCUGCGGCAUUAUUGACGAAUUGAUGCCAACAACGAAGCUGAUGGAUCAGUCCGCCAACACAGUGCUAUCCUACUUUUUUUGCCAAGGCACUGACUCACGCAUCAAUAACGCAACUGCUGUACUGCGUGGUCUUGUUUACCUUCUUAUUGAUCAGCAGCCUUCGCUUAUCUCGCAUUUGCAGAAGAAGUAUAAUCAUGCAGGCAAAGAUCUCUUCUUGGAUAAAAAUGCCUGGGUAGCCUUAUCCGAGAUAUUUGCAACUAUCCUAAGGGAUUUAAGAACAAAGACUAUAAUUUUCAUUAUUGACGCACUGGACGAAUGCGAAGAUGACUUGCGUGAGCUCUUAGCUAUUAUUAUCCAGCACUCGUCGUUACCCUACGUUAAAUGGAUUGUAUCUAGUCGGAAUAGGGCUGACAUUCAGCAACAGCUUGACUCUCAUAUAUCACAGGGAAUCCUCAGCCUUGAGCUGAAAGAAAAUGCAAAACUUGUGUCUCAGGCUGUUGAUGCAUAUAUUAAUAAUAAUGUAUCGCAGCUGCACUCAAUACAAGAUAAUCAAGAUCUCAAGGAUAAACUGCAAGCGUUAAUGCGAGAAAAGGCCAAUGGAACAUUCCUAUGGGUAUCUCUCAUUCUAAAAGAGCUUGAAAAGGCCGAAAGCUGGGAGCUAAUGGAGGUACUCAAUGAAAUGCCAACAGACUUGACAGCAGUCUAUGAACGGAUGCUGAGGCAGAUCAAACAUCUAGAACGAAGAAACCCAGAGUUUUGUCAAAAUAUACUAUCAACAGUGUUUACAGCAUAUCGUCCGCUCAGCCUCACCGAGCUAGGAAUGCUCUCUAGCUUACCUGACGAGAUUUCAGCGAACUUUAAGUCUAUAAGAAAGCUGAUAACAAUGUGUGGCUCAUUUCUCACAAUACGCGACGGGAGCGUCUACUUUAUCCAUCAAUCGGCGAAGGACUUCUUAUCUCAAGCAGGGUCCCAGUAUAAUAUUUCUGAAAGGCAUCUUAAUAUCUACAAGCAGUCAAUUGCAGCUAUGUCAAAACUACAUCAAAACAUCUAUGCCCUUCCAGACUUCGGGCUCAGACCAAAGGAUGCACAACCACCUGAUCCAGACCCAUUGGCUCCAAUGAGAUACUCCUGCCUCUUUUGGGCCGACCAUCUCUACGACGCCUCCAAGGCUAAGAAUGAACUGGCAGAUGAGGAGGCAGUAUGGCUAUUUUUGAAGGAUCAUGUGCUGCAUUGGCUGGAGAGCCUGUCUCUCAUUGGAAGACUUCCGGACAGCGUACGUUCUGUAAGGAAGAUUCUACAAGAGUUACAAUCGAGUAUAAGUCCUCAGCUUAUUGGAUUCUUGAAAGAUGUAGAGAAGUUCAUACUUAGUUACGGGUCGAUUAUAGACCGGGCACCCUUGCAAGCAUACGGUUCGGCGCUCGUGUUUAGCCCAAGAUUAAGCGAGAUAAAGAACUGGCAAUGGAACGAGAGAUUAUCAUUUAUUAAGGAAGUUCAUGGCAUAAAAGACCGCGACAUACAUUUACAGACGCUGGAGGGCCAUAGCGACUGGGUUCAGGCCGUUGCAUUCUCGCCAGACGGCAAGACGCUGGCAUCGGCCUCCGACAGUACGGCUAUGGGAUGCCGCCACGGGAGCGCCGCAGCAGACGCUGGAGGGCCAUAGCGGCUGGGUUCGGGCCGUUGCAUUCUCGCCAGACAGCAAGUUUCUUAGCACAAAUCGGGGAUAUAUAAGGAUUUCCUCCGACCCAGAUGUGCACUCACGACAUAAGCCCCGAAACAAUGCCGUGUAUGUUACUGACGAGUGGGUAACUAAGGAUGGCAAAUAUUUACUCUGGCUUCCUAAAGAUUAUAGGACUACACACGUAGCUAUACAUGGGAAUAUUCUUGCACUAGGUCUUCAGUCAGGGAGGGUAAUAUUUUUACAGUUGAGUUUAUAAGCCUACUAGGUCUAUGUUCAAAAUAAAGAAAAAUACAUUCUGUAUCAUACUUUAAUUCUUGAAUAACUCUGCCACUUAAUAGGGCCGGGGGGCGGCGGGUUUCUUAUAUUAUGCUGAAUUGCCAC